GCAGGCCUCGAACAUAGCACUUGAAGAUAGCUGGACUGUACUGGAUAAGUUGGCGUUAUUCAGCGCACACUCUUUUUCUUUACACGAAAAUAGGAACAUCGACUGGUCUCUUUCUCUCUUUCUGGAGCGAGACGAACACCAAACCAUCCUGGCAGUGGACAGUGGGCUGAGCUGAGGGAUGUCUGUGUUAGUGUCUCUGUGGUGUGAGGAGGAGGUCCGAGGCCAGCAGGGUGAGGGGGACCAGGUCAGGGUCCAGCCACAGCUCCGCGCCCCCUGGGACCCCAGCGUGUCUGGGAAGCGGGUCAUCCAGAGGCUGCUUCAGGUGGAGGAGCGAUAUCUGCCCUCCGCCCUCUAUGUCGCCCUCAUCCAGAGUGAGCCAGAGCGAAGAGAGGAGCUUGCCAAGUGGGCUAUGGAGGUAUGCUGUGAGUGUGGCUGCGACGAGACCGUGUUUCCCCUGUCCGUCUCAUUGCUGGACCGCUUCCUGUCUGCCUGCCUCUCCCUGCCUGUCUCACCAUACUGCCUGGCUGCGGCCUGCAUCCUCAUUUCUUCCAAACUAAGCGAAUGUGACACGGUCUCAGCUGACAGUCUCUGUGCUGCCGCCGAGUACAGCUUCCUGCCCUCCAACAUACGGGAGAUGGAACGGCUCGUCCUCGCCACUCUUCGAUGGGACAUGGCAGCAGUAACCCCUCAGGACUUCCUACCACAUUUUCUUCCCCGCGUUGGAGAGCAGAAGGACGGAGAGACCAACACAGAGGAGUACUUCUCCACACUGCGUCGUCACAGUGACACUCUGGUCGCUAUGUGCGUCUGCGACUACCGUUUCCUGGGAGCCCCUCCAUCUUUGGUCGCGGCGGCGGCACUGAACUCUGCCCUCCGAGGGUUGGGCAACAAGGGCCCAGGUCAUCUGGGUCAUAUGAGUGCAACGUUGGCAGAGCUGUGUCAGACUGACCUGAGGGUGUUGCAGUGCUACAGUGACCUGAUAGAAGCUGCCCUCAAACAGCGGCUGAGAGGGGGACUCCGAGACAGCGCCUUGGAGAAGGGCGGAGAAAUGGAGAAAGGUGGAGAAAUGGAGGAUGAAAGAGCAAGCACACCUACCGAUAUGAGAGAGAUUGAUUUCUAAACACAACAUUGUGUGUGGCAUUCAAAGUGCAAAUCAAUCAGUGCUGCAUCGCUUAUCAGUGUGACUGAUAUAAAUGAAAUAUGACCUC